AAUAGAAGCAGUAUCAAGGGUUUUUGAGGCUUUGAGCCAUUUAUAAAUUGCAGAAGCUUCUGGAGACAAAUAGAAGAGAGGGAGAUUUUUCUGUUUGGAAGGAGAAUUAGGGUUUAUUGGUUUCUCUCUGCAGGUAGUAGCUAAAGCAUUUAUCACAAUGGAAGGGAUAACAGAGGGAGUGAACAACUUGAACAUCACUGAUUCAGCUUCAGCCAACAAGAAGAACCGUAUCCAAGUCUCUAACACCAAAAAACCCCUCUUCUUCUACGUCAAUCUCACCAAGAGAUACAUGCAGCAACACAAUGAAGUUGAACUCUCUGCUCUUGGGAUGGCUAUAGCAACAGUUGUAACCAUCACUGAGAUCUUGAAGAAUAAUGGGCUUGCUGUGGAGAAAAAGAUCAUGACUUCAACUGUUGACAUGAGAGAGGAAACAGGAGGGCGACCUGUGCCAAAAGCAAAGUGGAUGGGAUCCUGCCAGAUGAAGUUUUACUGUGAAAGCUAAGUUAAAACAGGAUAAUGUGUGUGUGUGUGUGUUUUUUUUCUUUUUUCUUUUUUUUUUAAACUAGGAUUUUUCUUUUAUUUUUUAGUAAUUUGUAACUACAGUUUUUGGUAUCUAAACCUGAAUAAUAAAAUUGUUAAACAACAAUGGAUUUAUGAUAGCCAUGUUUUUUUUAGGAUGAAACCAUAACAAUAAACUAUGAAUGCACGGCAUGCUGUGGAUUGUAUUAUUUUCUGAUGCACUAUAAUCCAGAGUUUUAGACAGCACUCAGCAGAUUGAGCGUGUGCUCAGAUUGGGUAUAACCAGAGAUGUUGGAUGUGGAUAAUUUCCUUAGGGAUCCAAGGUGGGCACUUAAGAAUUUGUUAAUUCUAGAUGAACUAUUAAGCCUUCCCAGGAGAGAAUUUGCAGUGCUUUCUUGGUUUAUGUUAUAAACCAUGGAACCAUAAUAGUUACCUGUGGAUGCAUGACUUGUCUGGCUUGUAUUAUUUUCUGAUGAACUAUUAUCCCAAAUUCUAGUCAGCAGAUGGAGUACUCACUUGGAUUAGGUAUUAAGACCCAAAAAGACUUGGAAGUGAGCUAUUUCUCUAAGAGUCCCUAGAUGUUUGCUUAUGAGUUGAACUUUGAGGUCUCUAGAGUGGAGACUUGCAUUUGUCUUGUGCCACAUAUUUGAGUCCAACUAACCCAAUGACCUGAUUGUCUCUUGUAAAUAUUUUUUCCCUAUUUUUGCUUGGAAAGGAGAAGACUGAUAGCGUGAAUUUGCUUCU